AUGGGGGUCCAGACAUCCAAAUCGGAGUCUGCCGGGUGGGUCCUUAUGGGAAGGUGUGGUGGAACUGCUGCGAUUGAGCUCUUGGACGCUCGUGCCGCCGAAGGGACGCUGGAGGGUUUCAAGUUCGAUGCAGACAUCUGCCGACAGGCCUUCAACUACUAUGACAAGGACAGGUCAGGCUUUCUGGACCUCCAGGAGCUGAUGAAGCUCGCUGAAGUCCUCUGGGACACUUUCUACCCCAACGGCCCGAAGAUCGAUGAGCCGACUAAGAUGUACAUGGUGAAGGAGAUCAUGGCCGGCACCGAUAACAACAAGGAUUCGCGGAUCAGCUUCCAGGAGUUCCUCCCGUGGUACAAGCGGAUGGCAGAGAAGCACUGGCGAGCAACGCACAGGAAAGAACCUUCCCCAGCACCGAAGGUGAAGCUCGGUGCCGCCCAGACUCCCAAGCUGCCAGACCCUCCUGCUAAGACCGGGGCUGCGGUGCAGUUCAAGUGCGUGCUGACCAACGAGACCUACUACGGCAUUCCUUGCAAAUGCAGCUCCUUGAGUUGA